CUACUAGGCAACUUCCGUUUACUUGAACUAAUUUAGCUCACAGAAAUCCCAGUCUUUUAGGCGAACACGUACGUGGAGUUGAAGAGAGUCAAACAAUCUGAUUCUUAAGCCUUUGGAUUCUCCGAAUCUCCUUCAGAUUUCCAAAACCCUAACCCUAACCCCUUUCUUCUUCAACCUCUGAACCCUAAUUCACUGCCUGAUUGGAAGGUGGAGCCCACAAGAUGAGGAAUAAACGAGCUGCUCGGAAGAGAGUCAACAUCGCAUUCGAUGCCGAGCCCUCUUCAUGGAACGACGACGUCCCGGUCCCGGAGAAGAAUGUCGACGAUGUCCCGCGACUCCCGCCGACAGCGCCAGCGCCAUUGCCAGCACCAGCGCCAUUGCCAGCGCCCAAGAAAAGAAAGCUAGACGUCGCUGUUCUACAACCCCAACCCCAACCCCAACCCCCGACGAAUGAGGUUGAUUUAGAGGCUCAAAGCUUGAUUGUGCCGAAAAAGCAAUGGAACACUAAGCAAAAGAUAAAUUUGUACUCCAAGGCCAAAGUCGUUGAUAUUCUAAAUGAAAAACUAACAGCGAGACAAAAAGAAUUGUUCAGGAAAGGAUGCUUCGGGCAUUUGCUAGAUUUUAAAAUUAAGAAGUUCCCAUCGCAGUUGAUACACCACCUUAUCCUAAGGCAAUGCCCACAAGCUAAAAAGAAUGAACUAUGGUUCGACAUAGAGGGUGCAAUUGUUAAGUUUGGAAUGAAGGAAUUUGCGCUCAUCACAGGGCUGAAUUGCAGCAAUUAUCCCUUUAUUUUUGAGAAACAAUUACCUGAGAGUACUACAAAGCGAAAAUUCUUUAGAAAAGGAAAGUCAGUGCAAAGAAUAAAGUUGAAUGACGUGUUCCGUGCUAAUAGGGGAGGCACUGAUGAAGAUAUUGUGAAGCUGGCAAAAUUAUACUGCUUGGAGAGCUUGUUAAUACCCAAGAAAAUAGAAAACAAUAUUGACCCUAACCACCUGAAGAUGGUUGAUAACCCUGAGCUGUUUGACAAUUAUCCGUGGGGAAGAUUGUCGUACGAGAUGACCAUAGCAUAUAUUAAGAGGAGUAUUAAGAGCCAAGAAGCAGAAGCAUAUGGGAUUGGUGGUUUCCCAUAUGCUGUAAUUGUGUGGGCAUACGAAACAAUCCCAACUUUGAUAAAAAAGAACAUUGCAAAGAGGAUUGGAAAUGGAAUCCCAAGAAUUAUAAACUGGGAAGCUGAUCAGCAACCUUCAUUUAGGGAAAUUACAGACAGAGUGUUCGAUUCCCUUGAGCUUGAAGUGCGCCAGAUUAUUCCUAGUAAAGAGGAAAUGGAGCAACCUUUUAUGGCUCUCUUUGCAAAAGAAAAAAAGAAAGAACCCAACGGAGUGGAAGAGGAAAAAGAUGAAAGUGACUAUGAAGACGUUAUCCUAACGCCAGCUCCUAUAAGACAGGUACGGAGGAUUGAAACUGAAAACCAAGGUGAAGGAGAUCAAGCGAUAAAAAGUUUGAUGUCUAAGGUUGAAAGAAUGGAGAAAACACAAUUGGAGAUGAAGAAGGAUAUGGAAGAAAUGUACACCAUGCUGCUCGAGAUACACAGCACUGUAGUUGAUCAACCAAGUUACUUUGUAGGAAAAUAUAGCAACAAAGAACCAGUGCAAGUUGAAAAAAAUAAUGACAAAAUCUUUGAAGACAGGAAUCAGAAAAUGGGUGAGAAUGAUGAGCAAAAGGAUGAUACUGAAAAGAUAGAUGAACAUAAUGACAAAGUCAGUGAAGAUGUAAAUGAGAAAAUUGAGGGCAAGGGUAGUGAAAAGAAUGGUGGGCAGAAGGAGGAUACUGGAAUGGAGCACGAAAAAGAUAAUGAUAAAGUCAAUGAAGUCGAGAAUGAGAAAAUGGAGGUCGAAGAAAAUGAUAGGCAUGGUGAGCAUAAGGAUGAUACUGGAAAAGAAAAUGAAGAACAUAAUGACAAAUUAGUUGAUGACGCCAAGAAAAUGGAGAACAAGGAUUCUGAAAAGAAUGGCGAGCAGAAGGAUAAUAUUGGCAAAGAAGAUGAACAUAAUGACAGGGUCAUUGAAGGUGUCAAUGAGAAAAUGGAGAACACGAAUAUUGAAAAGAUUGGUGAGCAGAAGGAUGAUAUGGGAAAAGAAGAUGAAGAACACAACGGCAAAGUCAAUGAGAAAAUGAAAAGCAAGGAGGAUGAAAAGCUUAGUGAGCAGAAGGGGGAUACCAGGAUAGAAAGUGAAAAAGUCAAUGGUGAUGGAAAUAAAAAAGUGGAGGACAAGGAAAAUGAUUAGAAUGGUGAGCAUAAGAUUUUUUUUUCUCCAGAAAUGUAAGAUGCAGUUCAUCAGCAAGUUGGAGCAUGUUGUGAUGUUGUCGAAACCCAAAAGAAAGAACUUGAGAAGCAAGCCAUAGAGUUUGGGAGAAAAGAAAAACUGAAAAUGAUUUGGUGCAGAGUGGAUUGAAAAGGUAACCUUAUAUUAGAGUAAGUUUCCAGAGACUAUUCCUCGGUGAAUAUGAUUGUAAAAGGCCCCUCAUUCUGGAUUUGACAUAUGAUUGUAUCCUCGGUGAAUAUUUAAAAGGCCUUUCCAACUUGUUAGAAGAAUAUUUAUUUAGGUGCCACUAACCUAUGUACAUCCUUUUCUAUCUACCUUUCAGUUACAGUUUUCAUCAAUU